CCCCGCUGAGGUGGCCGGGCUGGGAAGAUGGCGGCGCUCGUGUCGCCCUUGGCUACAGCGCCGUGGCUGCUGCGGGCUUCGCGGCGCUGCACCCGCCUGCUCCCGGCGCUCAGAGCAUACACAGCUCAGGCAGAGAAGAAGACAGGCCCUGGUACUCCUACAGAUGCUCACGCCAAAGCCUUGUUGGUUUGCAAUGGACCUUUAGAACAUUAUGAGUUUCUGAUUAAGCAAGAAGAGCUGAAGAAUGAUGAACAACAAAGAAGAGUUGUGCAGCACCUGCAGAAGUUGCAUGAGAGCCUUAAAGGCUACAGCAUUGAUUCAAAAAAUCUUUUCUCAAAGCUCCUUGCCAAAAACAAACCCCCCAAAGGUGUUUAUGUCUAUGGAGAUGUUGGCACAGGAAAGACAAUGGUGAUGGACAUGUUCUAUUCUCACUUAGAAGUAGAAAGAAAAAAGAGAGUCCAUUUUCAUGGUUUCAUGUUGGAUGUACACCAGAGAAUCCAUCGCCUUAAGCAGAGCUUGCCAAAGAGAAAGGCGGGAUUUAUGGCCAAAUCAUAUGACCCAAUUGCACCGGUGGCAGAGGAAAUAAGCAAAGAGGCUGCUCUCUUAUGUUUUGAUGAAUUUCAGGUCACUGACAUUGCUGAUGCCAUGAUUCUGAAGCAGCUUUUUGAAAAUCUCUUCCAAAAUGGGGUUGUCGUUGUGGCAACAUCUAACAGGCCGCCAGAAGAUCUCUAUAAAAAUGGUCUUCAGAGAGCUAAUUUUGUACCAUUCAUUGCUGUGCUGAAGAAAUACUGCAACACAGUCCAGCUUGAUUCUGGCAUAGACUACAGGAAACGAGUGCUUCCAGCUGCUGGAAAACUUUACUACCUCACAAGUGAAGCUGAUGUGGAGGCUGUCAUGGAUAAGUUGUUUGAUGAGCUGGCUCAGAAACAAAAUGAUUUAACUAGACCAAGGAUUCUAAAAGUGCAAGGCAGAGAGCUGAGGCUGAAUAAAGCGUGUGGAACCAUUGCAGACUUCACGUUUGAAGAGCUAUGCGACAGAGUCCUAAGGGAGUCGAGAGAUCCAGCCUUCCCCACAGUGCUGCCUUUUAGUCUUCCCCUCGCUUGUGCGCAGCAGCUGCUGCCCUCUGCCGGGAACGCCGGCUGCCUUCUGCGCCCAAACACGUGAGCCUGUUCCUCACAAAGGUUGAAUUACUUUUGUUCGUGCAUCCUGUAGUCUUUCCAUUAGGUAAUCAAAUAUAUCCUUUCAUCCAACUGCCCAGUACCAAUGAACAGUGUCUUAAUAUGAUACUAACCAUUAGCAAAAGUACAACAGUGUGAAAGCUAGGAAAAUAAAUUUAAUAUCAAUAUCUAUGUUGGAAAAGGUUAUCCUACUGUGAUUUUUUCUCUAGUAGUUGUUCAGCAUUUCUGAAAUUGGCAAAAUACAAUUUUUGUGUAGAUUACCGCAACAAAUAAUUGGUAAACAGUUUUUGUUAGGUCGUUGUUCCAUUGCAAUAGGCACACUCUGCAGACCAGGAGGAAGAGGUAGUUCCUGACUUGAAUAGCUUGCACUUCAAAAGAAAAGAUGUGACUAAGCUUUAAAUAAAAAGAAAAAAA